UGUGAUUGGUUGGACUUGUGUGACAUCACAGUAGCUUGUGUAGAUAUAAGUCGUGAAGCUGUGAGAGUGUGACCGACAGAAGGAGGAGCAGCAGUUUGUCUCUGUUUCCUCUGAAGGUGAAGCCUCUUCAGUUCAACCUGCAGGAUUUGAAUAAAAACUCGUCAGAGAUCCAGACAGACUGACACCAGGAUUUUCAACACCUCACUUCAGCAGAACUCUGACCAUGAAGCUGGUACAAGUCGCCCUCCUCCUCCUGGCUCCAGUGUUGACCAGCUGCAGCAAGCUCUACUAUCCUGUGGACUGCAGUAGCAUCCAUCAAAAAGACAAGAGCCUACCCAGCGGAGUGUACACCAUCUAUCCCAUUGGACCUACGUCCGCCGUCCAGGUGUACUGUGACAUGAAGUCAAUAGGAGGACAGUGGACGGUGAUCCAGAGGAGGAUGGACGGCUCAGUGAACUUCUACAGGCCCUGGGAUCAAUACAAGAUGGGCUUUGGUAAUGCUGCUGGAGAGUACUGGCUGGGUCUUGAGAACAUCCACCAGUUGACACGCCAGAGAAAGUACGAGCUGCUGGUCGACAUGGAGGACUUUAAAGGAGUGAAAGUGUUUGCUCGUUACUCCUUGUUCUCCAUCGAAGCUGAGUGUGACGGAUAUGCACUGCAUGUAUCUGGAUUCACCAAUGGAGGAGCAGGAGACAGCCUGACACUACACAACAGACAGAAGUUCUCCACCUUCGACAAAGACCAGGACAAAUGGAAUGGAAACUGUGCCAGAUCAUUCCUGGGAGGGUUUUGGUACAAUGCUUGUCACACUGCAAACCCCAACGGGGUUUAUCGCUGGGGGGCUGACAAGACCCUCUAUGCUAUUGGAGUAGAGUGGAGACAUUGGAAGGGUUAUAACUACUCUCUGAAGGCCAUCAGCAUGAAAAUCCGUCCUGUGCUGUAGUUCUCCAGGACCCACAUCCAGCAGAAGAUCAGAUGGAAACAGACACACAGAGUCUGAUAACCCUUUACCAGAAGUCAGAGCUGGAUUGUGUGUGAUCAGCUGGUGGCUGUAAAAUCUUCUGUCAAACAGCUGUUACCUUCACACACUGAGCUUUAAAGUCAAACUAGUUCCAACACAGCAUUUGGUGGAGGUUUGAAAGCCUAAAGUGAAUCAUGAUCUGCUGUAUGGUGACAAUAAAUGAGAAGCUGUGCAGAA